GUCGAUCACAGUUAGCAUCAGGUUUGCUUCUGAAGAUGAGGACGUAUAAAGUGGGAGCUUGUACAUUUCAAAAAAUUUUGACUGCACCCUUGCAUACUGCAUCUCAUUCAGACCUUCUGAAUAAACUUGCGGUAAUUACUGGUGGAUCACGUGGGAUAGGAUAUGCCAUUGCGCAGAAAUUUUCUCAAAACGGAGCACAAUGUAUUGUAAUAAGUAAGAAUUCUGAUAAAAUUGCACAGGCUGCUUCUAAACUCAACAGUGAAGCAACAGUUCAGAAGAAGCAUGUUGGGAUUGCAUGUGACUUGAGGAAUAGAGAGGAAAUCGAGAAUUCUAUUAAUGAGGAUAUCAAUAAUUUACCAAUUAACAAGAGGAUAGACGAAUUAGGGAAGGUUAACAUAUUAGUCAAUGCUGCUGGAAUCACAAGAGACUGCUUGUCAGUUAAAAUAAACGAAAAAGAUGUUGGUGAUGUUAUCAAUACAAACCUACUUGGUACAAUAUAUAUGUGCAGCUAUUUGUCAAAAUCGAUGAUUAGACAGAGACAAGGCUGUAUCAUUAAUAUAUCAAGCGUCGCUGGUUUAUAUGGAAAUGUUGGACAAUCUAUAUAUGCCGCGUCGAAGGCAGGUAUAAUAGGCUUUUCCAAAUCACUGGCUAAAGAGUUGGCACCAAAAAAUAUAAGAGUAAAUGUUAUCGCACCAGGCUACAUAGAAACAGAUAUGACAUCAGGCAUUCUGGAUGAAAGAAGUAUACAAAUAUUAUCACAGACACUGCUUGGGAGAUUUGGAAAACCCAAGGAUAUUGCUAGUGCGGCUUUGUAUCUUAGCUUAGCCGACUAUGUUACUUGUCAGACACUUGUGAUUGACGGCGGGUUAGGAAUAUGA